AUGGAUCACGGACAUCCCACUCCUUUUACGUCCGAAGCCAAUCGGGUUUCGGCCAUCCGUCGUUUUCAUCAGAUUAUCACGUAUUUUGAGAACAAUAACGAUGACAUCAAAAUAGGCUAUUAUGACAAAUUGAAGAUUGUCAAGUUCACCUAUGAAUAUGCUUGCAACCAAUCAUCAAAGGAUCUCCUUGUCCUUGUUGCACUUGGUCACAUGGGAGUAUUGUAUUCAUCUGACGACAAUGUUGAUCUCGAGAACGCCACCCUCCGAGAUGCGUUGCAAGCUGGCCUAAAUAGAUUCGCCAACCUUCUAUUGGAAGCAUUCUUCCUUCCACUAAAAGCAUCGACUGGAGAGAUGGCACAACGGUCGCCACCAUAUAACUUGGACAUUGUUUCUGAGGGUGAUUCUCAUACGUUUUCGGAGAUGCUUUAUCGACUGCACCGUCUCCACCGCCUCCAGCGUGUCUGCCUCAUGCGAGAUCAACAUCGCUGUGUUAUUUCAGGAGUAUUUGAUGCGCAUGAAGCCUUUCUGCGGUAUCGAACCUACGGAGAGCGCUGUGUCGACGAUGAUGGUAAACGCUUGUAUGGCCCCAUACCAAAUAGCUUCGACAAGCUAGAGAUUGCGCAAAUCCUGCCCCAUUCCUUCUUCUUCCAGAGAGGUAGUUUCUCAAGAGACCUGGAAUCUGGAAAGUGCAUGCAACGUGCAAUUCUCAACAUGAUUCAUCACGGCCUUUUCAAGACAAUUGAGGACGCCAGCCCGAAGAACGCACUUACUCUAAGUGCCAGUUUGCAUCAAGCGUUCAGCCAAUUUCGUAUCUUUUUUGAUCCCGUUGAGGGUGAAGAAGAUACCUACGAAAUCAAGGCGUUCCCUCCAGGUAUCCGCGGCCUUCCAGUCAAGAGAAAGCUGUCCGUUUUCUAUGGCGAGGAGGAUGAUCUGCCAGAUCCCGGAUUGCUUGCUGCACAUCGUGCUAUUGGGCACAUUCUGCAUUUGUCUACUACAAGUCCUUCGGCAAGUGAAUAG